AGCCCUGCGCUGCCACCACUGCUGGAUGAUGCUCAGGACCUCGGGGCUGGCCCUGCUGGCUCUGGUCUGUGCUGUGGGCUCAAGCCAGGCCAGCGGCUUCACAGAAAAAGGCCUCUCCCUGUUGGGCUACCAGCUGUGCAGCUACCGUGUGACCCACACUGUGCAGAAGGUGGAGGCUGUGCAGACGUCCUACACGACCUAUGCGUCCUGCGGUGGCUGGAUCCCCUGGAGGCGGUGCCCCAAGACUGUUUACCGGACCCAGUACCUGGUAGUGGAGGUUCCCGAGUCCAGGAAUGUGACCGACUGCUGUGAGGGCUAUGAGCAGCUCGGCCUCUACUGUGUCUUGCCUCUGAAUCAGUCCAGGGAGUUCACAUCAAGACCCGGGGUCUGCCCCGCAGAGGGGCCUGAACCAUCCACCUCCCCCUGCAGCUUGGACACCGACUGUCCUGGACUUGAGAAGUGCUGCCCCUGGUCAGGGGGGCGCUGCUGCAUGGCCCCUGCACCCCAAGCUCCAGAGAGGGGCCCUGUGGGCUCCUGGUACAACGUCACCAUACUGGUGAAAAUGGACUUCAAGGAACUCCAGCAAGUGGACCCCAGGCUCCUGAACCACAUGCGCCUUCUGCAUUCGUUGGUCACCAGUGCCCUGCAACCAAUGGUCUCCACCAUCCACCACCUGCACUCGGCCCCUGGGGAUGCCUCCACCAUGGUGUCAUGGCUGCUGCUGGGCCUGCUGCAGCCACUGCCUGUGGCCGACGUCUCUGCCCUGCUGGGUGACAUUGCGAAGCGUGUCUAUGAAGUGAUCAGCGUCCAGGUGCAAGAUGUCAAUGAGUGUUUCUACGAGGAGCUCAACGCCUGUUCUGGAAGGGAACUGUGCGCAAACCUGGAGGGCUCGUACCAGUGCGUCUGUCACCAGGAAGCUCCAGCCACGUCUCCGCGGAAGCUCAACCUGGAGUGGGAAGAUUGUCCUCCACUCAGUGACUACGUGGUCCUCAACGUCACCAGUAGCAGUUUUCAAGUAUCCUGGCGUUUAAAUUCUACGCAGAACCACACUUUCCAUGUCUGGGUUUACCGGGGUACGGAGUUGCUCAGGAGCGUCAAGACACAGGGCCAGGCACUGGCGGUGGCUGGGCUGGAGGCUGGAGUGCUGUACAGGGUGAAGACCAGCUACCAGGGGUGUGGGGCCGACGUCUCCACCACGCUGACUGUCAAAACUGAUGCCCAGGUAUUUGAAGUCACAAUAAAGAUUGUAAACCACAACCUGACAGAGAGGUUACUCAACCACAGCAGCAUGGAGUUCCAGGACUUUUCUAGACAACUGCUUCACGAGGUCGAGAGCUCCUUCCCGCCGGCGGUGUCUGACUUGUACCGAAGUGGGAAACUGAGAAUGCAGAUCGUGUCUCUCCAGGCAGGAAGCGUGGUCGUGAGGCUCAAGCUCACCGUGCAGGACCCUGGGGUUCCCGUGGGUGUCUCCACGCUGGCCCCCAUGCUCCGGCCCCUGUUGGCAAGCACAGUGUUCCAGAUUGACCGGCAGGGGACACGUGUGCAAGACUGGGACGAGUGUGUGGACAGCACAGAGCACGAUUGCUCGCCGGCUGCCUGGUGCAUCAACCUGGAGGGCUCCUACACCUGCCAGUGCCGCACCACCAGGGACGCCACCCCUUCCCGCGCAGGCCGGGCCUGUGAGGGUGACCUGGUGAGCCCCACGGACAAUGGGCUGUCUGCGGCGACAGGGGUAACGGCCCCAGCUCUUGGCACGGGAACAGCAGCCCUCGGCCUAGAGAACUUCACCUUGUCACCCAGCCCUGGGCACCCUCAGGGCACCCUGGCAGCAGGCCAGGACUGGGCCCCAGGGCCCCCGCCCAGGAGAGGAGGCAGCAGUGUGGUCGGGUAUGACAGGAACAGCACAGGAAAAGGCGAAGAGCAGGAGGCGCCCAGCACUGCCCUGGGUCUGGGGAUGGACCAGGGGAGUCCCAGCGAGGUGAAGCCCAGCCAGGGGAGCCUCAGACAGGCGAGCCCCAGCCAGGGGAGCACCAGCCAGGGGAGCCCCAGCGAGGUGAACCCCAGCCAGGGGAGCCCCAGCCAGGGGAGCACCAGCCAGGGGAGCCCUAGCGAGGUGAACCCCAGCCAGGGGAGCCCCAGCCAGGGGAGCACCAGCCAGGCGAGCACCAGGCAGGCGAGCACCAGCCAAGGGAGCCCCAGCGAGGUGAACCCCAGCCAGGGGAGCACCAGCCAGGGGAGCCCCAGCGAGGUGAACCCCAGCCAGGGGAGCACCAGCCAGGCGAGCACCAGGCAGGCGAGCACCAGCCAGGGGAGCCCCAGCCAGGUGAGCCCCGGUCAUAGGAACACUAUUGGGGUGAUAGGCACCACCUCCUCCCCGAAGGCUCCUGGGUCAACCCACAGCUUCUCUCCUGGGGCCACAGAUGGCCCACUGGCCCUCCCUGGACAGCUACUGGGAAACUCCACCAUGGAGCCACCCUCCUGGCUUUCCCCUACUGAGGACCCCACCGGCCACGUCGUGUGGCAUGCCACCCGUUCCACCUGGGAAACACUUCUGAAUCCCACGUGGCUGCAAAAUGAGGACAGUGGACCCUCCAGUUCUGUCGACCUGCCAUCGACCCCCACCCUCACACCUCUGAAGACCCCCGCCUGUGUUCCUGUCUCCAUUGGGAGGAUCGUGGUCUCCAAUGUGACCAGCACAAGCUUCCACCUGGCGUGGGAGGCAGGUCUUGCUUUGGACUCCGCCUUCCAGCUCACUCUGACUUCCGCAUGGAGCCCCACCGUGGUCCUGGAGACCUGGAACACAAGUGUGACGGUGUCGGGGCUGGAGCCUGGCGUCUUGCACCUGGUUGAGAUCGUGGCCAAAGCAUGUGGGAAAGAAGGUGCCAGAGCUCAUCUGAAAGUGAGGACAGCGGCCCGGAAGCUCAUUGGAAAGGUCAGAAUCGCAAAUGUCAGAUACUCAGAAUCCUUUCGCAACGCAAGCAGCCAGGAGUAUCGAGAUUUCCUAGAACUGUUCUUCAGGACGGUGCGGGGCUCCCUGCCAGCCACGCUGCGUCAGCACACGGACGCCGGCGGGGUCAGGAUGGAAGUCGUCGGCGUCACCAGUGGCAGCGUCGUGGUGGAGUUUCACUUGCUGAUAAUCGCAGAUGUGGAUGUCCAGGAGGUGUCAGCUGCAUUCCUCACCGCCUUCCAGACCGCGCCUCUGCUGGAGGUGAUCAGAGGCGACACCUUCAUACAGGAUUACGAUGAGUGUGAGAGGAAGGAGGACGACUGUGUGCCCGGGACAUCCUGUCGAAACACCCUCGGGUCUUUCACUUGUAGCUGUGAGAGAGGAGCCCCCAAUUUCCCUGUGGAAUAUUCUGGGAGACCCUGUGAAGGUGACUCUCAUGGCAACGAAAGCUGGGCCACCAGCCCAGAGAGGCCUCUCACCACAGCAGGGACCAAGGCUGGCUUUGUUCAAGACACCAGCCCCACCCCACAAGGCCUGCCCCGGCGGCUGAACCUGACGGGAGCAGUCAGGGUGCUCUGUGAGAUCGAGAAGGUGGUUAUCGCCAUCCAGAAGCGCUUCCUGCAGCAGGAAUCCAUCCCUGAGUCCUCGCUGUACCUGAGCCACCCCUCCUGCAACGUGAGCCACAGCAAUGGCACACACGUGCUCCUGGAGGCCAGCUGGAGCGAGUGCGGGACCAUCAUGCAGAGCAAUGUGACGAACACCGUGGUGAGGACCACGCUGAGGAACGACCUGUCCCCGGAGGGCAUCAUCCACUACCUGAAGAUCCUGAGCCCCAUCUACUGUGCCUUCCAGAAUGAUCUGCUGACGUCCUCCGGCUUCACCCCGGAGUGGGGGGUUUACACCAUCAUUGAGGACCUCCACGGCGCUGGAAAUUUUGUUACCGAAAUGCAGUUGUUUAUCGGGGACUCUCCCAUACCUCAGAAUUAUAGCGUGUCUGCCAGUGACGACGUCAAGAUCGAAGUGGGGCUCUACAGGCAGAAAAGCAACCUCAAGGUGGUCCUGACGGAGUGCUGGGCAACCCCGUCCAGCAACGCCCGGGACCCGGUCACCUUCAGCUUCAUUAACAACAGCUGCCCGGUGCCCAACACAUACACCAGCGUGAUUGAGAAUGGCAACUCCAGCAAGGCUCAGUUCAAGCUGAGAAUCUUCUCCUUUAUCAACAACCCCAUCGUCUAUCUGCACUGCAAACUCCGCAUCUGCAUGGAAUCCCCCGGGGCCACGUGCAAAAUCAAUUGCAAUAACUUUCGGUUGCUGCAAACUAGUGAAACCUCGGCCACACACCAGAUGUCCUGGGGACCCCUCGUCAGGUCUGAAGGUGAGCCUCCACGUGCAGAAGCAGGCCUGGAUGCCAGUUAUGUGGUCCUCCUUGUGGCCAGUUAUGUGGCCAUCUUUACGCUGGUGGCGGGGGCAGCCACCCUUCUGAUUGUGCACUACCGGAGAAUGAAUGGGAGAUACAACUUUAAAAUCCAGUCCGACAACUUCAACUACCAGGGGUUCUACGAAUAGGAGGCGCAGGCUGACAGGAAGGUUGCGGUGAGUCAGCCUGCCUCUAGAACCUUGGAGCUUCCCUGGCGGGCUCCCCCGGCAUCCCCAGUGUCUCUCUGCACCUCCACCCAUCCCUCGGUUCUUAACUCUUCAAGACUUAACGGGGAUCUGCUCUGAUGGAUGUGCUCUGCCAGCGCCUGGGUGAACCCAGAGGGGAUGACAGCAGCCACCACCUGCCCCCAAGAGGCAGGCCAUCCUGUAGGUCUUAGAGGAGCCACAGCCCACAGGCAGAUGAAGGGGCUAUGGGAGACAGGGGCAGUGCUGGGGGUGCUCUGGCUCCACCACCACCCAUGCAACCCCCACAGCCUGGACCCCCGGACCUGUGACCCUCCACAACAGCCCACCGAACCCUCCCGGGCUUGCUCUCGCUUGGCGUCCAUCACCCCUUUGGCAAAUAUAGAAUAUUUCACAUUCUCAGAGAGACCCGACAGUGCUCCUGACGCUCCUUUAAAAAUAGGUCAGUCUUAGAAAUAAACUGCCAAUGUUAUUUUUAGUGGAUGUUUAGGAUCUUUGACUUUUCUCCUGCGUACCAAGGUAUUGCUUUUAUUUACACAACAGUGGCUCAAAAGGCACUCUAUUAAUGUGACAACCUUUUUAAUAAGUAGAAAUAACAUAUGCGCACAUCACUCUUCACAUUUUUCUAAGCAUUUUCACAGCCGUUUUUUCAUAUAGUCCGACCACAGUGGGAGGUGUGAUUUACCCGUUACACAAUGAGAAACCAGAGGAGCUGAUGAGUUACUUAAUUGAGGUCACAGAAUGAAUUAGCAAGAAAAUGGUUCUAAAAUCUCAGUAUUUUAGUCUAGACUUUUCUCCAUUAUAUCAUCGUAAGAGAGAAUGCUCUGUACUAUAUUUGAAAUAAAUUGGAGUUGUAUUAGGUAG